AUGGAAAUAUAUCCCAGUCUUCUGUACGUUAUAGCUUCAGUAAAGAAAAAAUCUGUUUCCACAGCUCCGAAGGAAAAGGUGUGUUACCCUCUUCCCACAGUGAAGAAACUCCUGGAGCAGAAGAGAAAGAGAGAAACCUCCACCUCAGCACCUCCAUCCUGCUCGACAGCAUCUUAUACUGCUGGUGGAGCAGCUUCUGUCCCAGUGUUGGCAUCAGUACAAUCUCCUACAGCCGGAACCAGUGUAAGCUACACAGACAUGGCAGCAGUACGAUACAAUAGAUGGGAUGUUUCCAGCAUUCAUCAGGCACAUUCCUCCAUACAGCAGUGCAGCCCCUUCCCAUUUAUGUCCAGCUCUUCCAGCGCACCAAACUUUACUCAGACUGGACAGACACUUCCCAGUGGCUACAGCCCACAGCAAAUCCAAGAAUGCCAGGAUCCCCAGACAACACAGCUAUACUCUUUAACAGAGUGCCCUGUAACUGCAGCAGUGACUGACCUGACUGGGACGGUCCCGGUUCAGAGCUCAGGCUUGUGUUGGCCAUCUGAGUCCCGAGUGGAAGAUCAUUUAAGCCCGUACGGCCUACAGGCGUUUAGGUCACAGAUGGACAUGGUGAAGCUGCAGGAGGCUCGAGUCUUCCUGCAGAGCAUGGAUUACAGCAGUACCACCUGGCAGGACGAUGACGGAGACACCAUUUUACAUAUCUACACAGCCAAAGGCCUGAGGGAGUAUGCAUUUGCUGCAGCAGAGAAACUUAAUGGACUGGGGAAGCUGGACUCCAAAGAACACAAGGGAAAGACUGCUUUGCUGGUGGCUGUAACUGCCAAUCAACCAGACAUAGUGCAGGAUUUACUCUAUCUUGAGGCAGACAUCAGCAUCUGUGACGUCAAUGGUCAGACCGCUCUUCAUCUGGCAGCAACGUAUGGAUUCCCUCGGGUCAUGCAGGUUAUUCUCUAUGCUGGACGCCGAUUGGACCUGGAGGCUCGUAAUUUUGAAGGUCUGACUCCUCUGCACUGUGUAGUGAUCUCUCACAGUGCCACGAUGAAGGCUAUAAACGCUUCCUCCUCAUCCUCAACAUGGCUGGCUGAUGGCAGUCUGCAGAAUCAAGCAGAAGAUAAACUUAUGUGCUUACGGCUUCUCAUAAAUGCCGGAGCUUCAAUUCUCAGUCAGGAAAUCAAAAGCAACAAGACAGUUCUUCACCUGGCAGUGAAGGAGGGGAAUAUCCAUCUUGUGCGUGUCCUUCUAGGCCAUCAGCUCCCCAAUAUGCAGGAGUUCAUCAACUUGAAAGCUCAUGGACACACUGCUCUACACAUGGCUGCAGGGCUGCAUGGAAAUCCCUAUCAGGAGGAACUGAUCCAGCUGCUGCUGAAACAUGGUGCUGAUCCCAGCAUCCGCAACCUGGAAAAUGACCAGCCCGCUCAUUUACUGCAGAGCGGAGACAAAGGAGAGAGACUCAAGCUAAUCUUGAAGAAGAAAAGUGCCUCCUCUAGGCGGCGUAUUACAUCCUUACAGGAUCAAGAGUGACUAGGACUGAUUUUCAGUUCCGGCGUUCCCCACCUUCUCCAAUAGAGAUGCAGUUAUCUGGAUUAAAUCACAGUAUGCUCACGAAACUACAAUUUUAAAACAUUUUAUGUUCAAAUUAUAUUAUUUUCCUUUAGAAUUUGAUUGGCUGAAUGGAUCUUUUUACAGAUAAUUAUGGCCCAAGUAUACAUUCGUUUUUACACAUUCACCAAGCAAAUUUGUUUAUAAUAAGGCAAUGA